AUGAUCAAGCAACAUUUCCACUGGCGAGGCCUGUUCCGAGACGUACACCGAUACGUGGGUGAGUGCGUGGACGGUGGAACAGGGAAAGCAAGACCUACCAUUCAAGGUAGGUCGCCCGUAAACCUGCAAGUCACGUACUCGUUCCAGAUCAUUGCUAUGGAUCACAUCCUUUCGUUGCCAAAGUCGUACAAAGGAAACACGGAGCUUUUAGUCUGGGCAGACUCGUUCACCGGUUAUGUGGUCGCGAAAGCGAGUGACACCCGAACGACGCAACAGAUCGCUGAAAGCUACGAGGAGAGUGUGUUCCGUUGCUUUGUUGAUCAACGACAGGGCCCGACGAUGGUUUACCGACCCCAGGCCAAUGGGACAGCAGAGAGGAUGGUGCAGACGCUGACCCGUGCAGUGAAGAUGUAUGUCGCCGACGUGAAUCAAAAGGACUGA